AUGGUGGGAGAUAUUGCUAAGAGAUGGAAGGAACUGAGCGGCAAUAGCAAAUGGAAAGACCUACUUGAUCCUCUUGACUUGGAUCUACGCCGUUACAUCCUCCACUACGGAGACAUGGCUGAAGUCGGAUACGUUACCUUUAAUAGUGACCGCCGGUCCAAAUAUGUAGGAGAUAGCUGCUACACUAAGGAAGAUCUCUUUGCUCGUACCGGCUACCUCAAAGCCAACCCUUUCAGGUAUGAGGUGACUAAGUACAUAUAUGGAACAUCGUCAAUAAGGUUACCGGAAUGUUUCUUAAUCAAGUCAUUGUCAAGGGAAGCAUGGAACAAAGAGACUAACUGGUUAGGUUACAUUGCGGUGGCCACUGACGAAGGAAAAGAGUUGUUAGGGAGAAGAGACAUUGUUGUAGCAUGGCGAGGGACUAUUCAGUUGUAUGAGUGGGCUAACGAUUUUGAUUUCCCACUUGAAUUAGCUACCUCGGUUUUCCCACCAACUGACCCGAAUGACCCAAGUGACCCCCCUCGUAUUGCAAAUGGUUGGCUGUCUCUUUACACAACCUCUGAUUCACGAUCACGUUUUGACAAGACCAGUGCACAAGAACAGGUUCAAGGAGAGCUCAAAAGGUUACUAGAACUGUACAAACAUGAAGAAGUUAGCAUCACCUUUACAGGCCAUAGCUUGGGCGGAGUUCUAUCGAUUUUAUCAGCCACAGACUUUCUCCAUAACGAAUGGCGUAAGACCACAACAUGUCUUGAAGACACGCUUUCUUGUGUCACGGUUUUUGCUUUCGGCAGUCCCCGCAUAGGUGACCUUAACUUCAGAAGACUGGUCGAGUCGCUACAAAAACUCAACAUCUUGAGAAUAACAAAUGUCCCCGAUCUCAUUCCGCAUUACCCGGUGUUCAGGUUCAGAGAUGUAGGGGAGCAGCUUGAGAUCAACACGUUGAAAUCAGAGUACUUGAAACGGUCUCUAAACCUUGGGCAUUUUCAUAACCUGGAGGCUUACUUGCAUGGUGUGGCAGGGACACAACACAACCAAGCGGAGUUCAAGCUGGAGAUUAACCGGGAUAUCGCGCUGGUCAAUAAGGAUUUAGAUGCUCUUCAAGAUGAGUACUUAGUGCCUGGGCAUUGGUUGGUUCUUGAGAACAGAGGGAUGGUUCAAGCGGAUGACGGGACAUGGAUUCUUAAUGGGGAUAUGGGAAAGAGUGAUCAAGAAGAAGAAAAAGACGAAUGCGAAUUACCAUGA